CUGUUGUCCUAUUGAAACGUCAAAACGGAUGAUCCGUCGUUUCCCAAACACGGCCAAUAUAAAGUAACAGAGUUGGGGCAAUAACUGAAGAGAAAAUUCCAGCCCAAAAAAAGGGUAUAAUGGAAAAUAAUUAAUGUGAAAUGUAAAAUGAAAUCUCGCCUGUCCAAUUAAGGAGUGCAUUGUUGAAAGAAUGUAAAAAUGGUAAGAUGAAUCAUCUAUUGUCUAUCCAAAUGAAAGUAUAGCAGGAUGAAGCAAUUUUUAAAAGGUAUAAUACCCGAAUUAUUCGGGAAUCCAUCUCCUUUCCAACCUUCAGGAAUAAUCAAAGUAGUUUUGCCCUGAAUUCCAAUAUCUACCAAACGGAUAAACCUUCGAUGUCGAUUUUUAUCAAAAGACAAAUGAAUUUUUCUGGAAUUUUUCAUAUCUUGUAAAAGUCCAAGAAGACCCCGAUAGAAUUUGACCAAAAGAUUUACAAAACCAAGUGAAGCACUCUUCAUUUAGUGAAAUAGAUCGAAAUUGAUCGUUCUUCAUUUGACUUAGGGGUGUUUGGAUCUGAUUCUGCUUCUGCUUUUUUUUUAAACAGAAGCAGAAUCAGAAUCAGUUUUCAGAAGCUGGUACCCCCCAACUUCUGAAAAAACUGAUUCUGAGAGUAAAUUAGAGCACCAAAAAUGCUUCUGGAAUUUCACUCAAACACUUCAAAAACAGCUUAUGCUCAUGCUCCCUGAAGGAGCAGAAUCAGUUUUGAGAAUCAGAUCCAAACACCCCUUAUACGGAUACCUGAGGAUUCCACACCAAAAUCAAAUACGGAGUAUUUUACUUUCAAUUCUCACAAAGGAGGGUGAUCCACCUCUGCCAAAUUUUCCAAAUCUCCACCUAUUUGCAGCUUCAUACGGAGAAUCAUCCCUUGCCGGUACUUCAAUCUUCUGGAAAUCGCCUGAAUAACUUCGGUCUCUCCCUUGCCGGAACUGAGGCAGAUCGAGGCGAAGUCAGCCCUCUGCAGUACCAUCCCGUUGUAGAAGAUGGCACUCUGUACUUUCCUGAGCUCAAUCCCUCUGAAAUCUGACCGAACUGAGUUCGUCGACCUAUAGGGUUUUCUCCUCUGAAAUUUCGCUGCUGUGAAAUCUGAAGCUUCAGUCUGGAUCCAUAAAUAACAUCCCUCUGUUGCCGAGACCAACCAGAGCAGAUUGGCAAUACUGCCUCAAACCCCUGCCGCGGCGCCCGAUUAGAGAUGGCGUACAUCCCCGGCCCUUCUGCCCUCUUCAAGUUAUGUGUGUAUUCUGCUUAGAUUAAUCACUUAAAAGCUAAAAACUGAAAGCGGAUGAAAUGCUGCUUUAAAUCUAUGUUUAAAAAACCGACCCAACCCGGCCGGGUUGACCCGGAACGCGGUGACCCGGACAAAAAUCCGGUUCGGUUUCUUCAAAAUCCGAAAAUGGUCAAAAACCGGAAAAACCCGGCUGACCCGAAAAAAUCCGAUCCGGACCUGACCCAAGAAACCCGAAAAACCCGGUUUUCGGUCUUUUCAAAAAAAAAAGUAAUUUCUUUUUUAAUUUUAAUGCAUUUUUUAAACCAAUAAAAUCGCAAUUUCAAUUCCCUAAAAAGAAAAACUGUGUAAUAUAUUUAUAUAUUUAUUUAAGAAUGAAAAUCAUGCCAAAUUAUAAUAUAAAUGUACAAUACAAAUAAAAAUAUAUAAUGAGAGUGUAUAUAAUUAUAUGUUUAUUAUUAUAUAGACGUAUAAUCGUUGACCGGUUUUCCGGCUUUGACCGGGUUGACCCUCCGGGUCCGGGUUGACCCGUGACCCAGUCACAUGACCGGGUCGCUCACCGGUCCGGUUUUACAACAUAGCUUUAAAUUGCUUUUCACUUUUUCUAUUAAACAAAAAUUACUUAUUUUACCAAACACUGACAACUUUUACUUUUUCAGAAUUAAUUUUUUUCAAACACUACCAACUUUUACUAUUAAGUACUUUCUCCAAAAUCACUUUAAAAAUCAUUUUAAGUAGAAGCAGUCGUAAAAACUCCCUAACUUUUCUCAAAAAACGCUUAUUUGGAGAGUUUUAACGAGUUUUUGAAAAACUUAUUCUUUUCCAAGAGUUUGGGUGCUAUAUAGAUUUUCUCUAGAGACAGACAUACUGCUUAUACAUACAAACUCAAAAUGAACCCAAAAAUAGAUACGCCAACCAUUUCUGAUUAUCAGUGCGAAAAAAGAGUCAAUAGCACAUAAAGUUUGAACUGAACACAAAAGAAUAUAGGAGUGGGGCCACUGUAGUGUAUAAAUCUGAGAAGUAAUACUUCAACUCUUCAAGUCCUCUUCAGCUAAACUCUCUACGGAAAAAAGCAAUUUAAGGAAAAUGAGAUCUGCUUCGUCUCAUGCUUUCUUCCUCAUUGUCCUCCUCGGAAUCUUCGCAUGCAUAUUCAAGAAGAUUCUCCGGACGUUUCCGAGGUCGGUCAUCCUAAACCACGUCGUUUCAACAGCGACACAGCUGAAACUGUCUUGGGAUUGUCUCCUCUUACACUCCAUCUGCCAUGCACCCGCCUCCCCCUACAAAUUCAGCCGCUCAUCCGUCGCCGGACAUUCGACGGAGAACGCUGCGUCUGGGCUCGGCGUAAGGGUUUUCGAGGGGAGAUCCGGCGGAGAGACGGAGCCGCCGGAAUGCCCGAUUUGUUUGUGUGGGAUAGAAGACGGAGAGGAGGUGAGGGAGCUGAGGUGUCAACAUGUUUUCCACGUGGCUUGUUUGGAUAGGUGGCUUGGAACUGGCCGUAUGACGUGUCCUCUUUGCCGGAGCCACGUCAAGACAACGGGCCCACCCCUUGGUCAACUUCAGGAUGACGUCAUCGUCUUCGAUUUCUUCUCCAGACGGCGAGAUGAAUGCAUGUGGUGGAUAAGAUGAUGAUUAGACAAGAUCACAAGAGUCAAAAUAUGUCAACUGGAUUCAUUCAUUGUAUAUUUGUAUUUAUACUUGCUAGUAUUUAAGUCUAGUGGGUUUAAGGGGAAAAUGGCGAAAUUGCCAUUUCCAUCAUUAGUUAUUUUUAUUAGAUUCGUUAUUUUUAUUUUAAUAUCCUUCUAUGUGUUCGUAGAAAGGAGAGAUGGUUGGCAUCUCCCCUGACAGGGACGGGACUAGCUUUCGGGCUUUUCUUGUUACCACACAUCCGGUUAAGGCUACCCACUUCGGUGGAUCUAUAACCCCAUUAAAAUAUCCUUCUAUUUGGAUUAUAUCUUCACCAUACUUGUCAACAUCCGGUGAUAACUCGGGCAGCCUUUUAAAAAUUGGGAUAGUAUCUACCAUUCAUUUGAUUAGACCACAUCAUUUUAUCAUUUUUAAUUUAGAUUUAAAUAAUUCAACUGCAAUAUUAUCAUUGGUCUAUGUGGACAAAAGUAUGAUACCUUGUGCGUACCAUAGAAUCUACCUAUUUAUUAUUCUUUGAAUUUUAUUGGAUCUUUUGAAGGGUUAAAUCUCAUCUUUAAUUAAUUUGCCACAAAUUGUUCAUUAUAGUUAACCAUUGGAGUGAAAAUUAAAAAUGGAAAGUGGAUUAAUGAAUAUAACAAGAAAGCUAGAGAGUAUAUAUAAUGUUAUAUAAUUGACGUGCCAAAAAAUUCAUUAUGUCAUUGCUCUCUUAAUUACUUUGGCAUCAUUCUUGUCAUUAGCAGUACCAAUCUUAUGGAAAAGACCAUUUUAUAUAUGAAUAGCCUAUUCACAGACAAAAAGAAUGGAUGCAUGAUAUGUAAAUCUUAUCCAGUUAGAAUGAUUAAUGAGUAGUAUAGAAUAUAGGGAGUAAUUUUGAUUACAAUUAGAUACGGAGUAGAACAAUACACCCUAUCAAGUAUUUUUGAUAGGGUAAUUUUGAUUACCUUGAUUUGCAAAUAAACGGAUUCAUCUUAUCAUUCUUAUGCAGUUAAUUAGGAUAUCAAAAUUUAAUGAUAUUCAAAUUUGAAUUUUGUAACAUUAUAC